UUUUUGACUGUAAACAUCCUGUGGAUUUUAAAAGGGCAGCGGUGAGCGGGAGGAAGGCGACUGGCGCCAUCUUUUCUGUUUUAAUGAGUACGACGGGGAGAAAUUCGCGGAGAGAAGGAACAUUAUCUGUGGAACUCCACAAUCUAUCGGUGUACCGCCGGUGAGCCUAGGCCAUUGUCAGUGUGUGAGGCAGUGGAACCAAGGCGAUGUUCUACGCCCACUUUGUCCUCAGCAAACGUGGGCCGCUGGCCAAGAUUUGGCUGGCGGCCCAUUGGGACAAGAAGCUGACCAAGGCUCAUGUGUUUGAAUGCAACUUGGAGAGCAGUGUGGAGAGCAUCAUCUCGCCCAAGGUGAAGAUGGCGUUGCGCACGUCAGGCCACUUACUUCUUGGGGUGGUGAGAAUCUACCACAGAAAGGCCAAGUACCUGCUGGCUGACUGCAAUGAAGCUUUUAUCAAAAUCAAAAUGGCUUUCAGGCCAGGUGUGGUGGAUCUGCCUGAGGAAAACAGAGAGGCAGCAUACAAUGCCAUCACUUUACCUGAAGAGUUUCAUGACUUUGACCAGCCACUUCCUGACCUGGAUGACAUUGACGUGGCCCAGCAGUUCACUCUGAACCAGAGCAGAGUUGAGGAGAUUACCAUGAGAGAGGAUGUUGGCAAUCUCAGCCUUUUGCAAGACAAUGACUUUGCUGACUUUGGCAUGGACGACCGGGAGAUGAUGCGCGACGCCAGCACGUUCGAGGAGGAUAUCAUGCACGGCGCUACGGCCUCCAACCUUUUGUUAGAGCCCGAGCCCGGUCCGGCCAAUCUGCCCGACAAAUCCAACCACAUGGAGUAUGACGACUUUGGAGACGCCUCCUUGGGCAACAGUGACGGAGGAAUGUUAGUGGAUAAGCUACUUAGCUCCGAAGACGGCGGUGGCAUUUUCGACGACCCUCCGGCCAUCACCGGGAGUGUCAUGAUGCCUCCAGAUCACGGAGACGAUGAGGACGAUUUCGACAACCUCCAAUCACCGGGUCCAGACAGCCCGGACUCGGGGCCGGCGGAGCCGCUGCCGGCCAUGGCUGACCAGACGGAACAGACCACUCUUGUUCAUAAUGAGGAAGAAGCGUUUGCACUGGAGCCCAUCGACAUCACCGUGAAAGAGACCAAGGCCAAGCGUAAGAGGAAGCUGAUCGUAGACAGCGUGAAGGAAUUGGACAGUAAAACCAUCAGAGCCCAACUCUCGGACUACUCGGAUAUUGUGACCACGUUGGACCUUGCCCCUCCCACUAAAAAGCUGAUGAUGUGGAAGGAGACUGGGGGAGUAGAGAAGCUCUUCUCUCUUCCCGCUCAGCCUCUCUGGAAUGCCAGGCUGCUUAAGAUGUUCACACGCUGUCUGACACCUCUGGUGCCAGAUGAGCUCAGGAAAAGGAGAAAGGGUGGCGAAGCAGACAGUUUGGAUGAAUUCCUCAAAGAGCUGGAGAACCCAGAGGUGCCCAGGGAGGACGUCAUGGGUCAGCACAGAGAUGUCAUUGAUCAGACGAUCAUGGAAGAGCCCAGUUUGCUGGCUGCCUCUGCAAUGGAAGGCAGCAGGACAGCCCUGGACGAGACGGUCAUGCCGCCUCCCUCCACUCCUCGUGGCGUCAAACGCAAGACCCUCGAAAAGGAGAGUGCCGUCGGGCCUAUGGCCGCCUUAGAACAGCAGCAGCAGCAGCCGCCGCAACAGCUGGCCGACCGCUCGGCCUUGUCUCAGAGGCUGGACAUGCCGCAGGUUGACCUCCCCCCGGAGGAGACCACCGUCAACCUCACGCAGCUUGUCCCUGAACUGGACCUCAUCGGAGAGAAGAGCAAAGACAAGAAGGAUGAGAGCGACGAAGAAGAGGACGAAGAAGGUCAGGCUGGAGACCAGGACCAGGAAGAGAAGCGAUGGAACAAGAGAACUCAACAGAUGCUACACGGGCUUCAGCGCGUCAUGGCAAAAACCGGAGCAGACUCGGUCAGCUUGCUUGACUUAUGCCGAAACAACAACAAGAAGCAGGCAGCCGCUAAGUUCUACAGUUUCCUGGUCCUCAAGAAGCAGCAAGCUAUUGAAGUCACCCAGACGGAGCCUUACAGUGACAUCGUCGCCACCGCUGGACCACGAUUCCAUCUUAUUUAAACAUUGACAGAGGAAAAAACACUGAUUGCCACAGACAUCUUUUUUUUUUUUUUAUUAUUAUUAUUAUAUAUAAACGCGCAGUUUUGUUUUUUUCUCAUACACCCCCAACCAAGAUGAAAGGUGGGGUUGGUUAGUUGGAAAGGUUUUUGGAUGUUUGAAAAUGAUUUGACUGUACUUCAGGUGGACUCAUGCUGUAUUCACUUAGUUCAAACAAAAGAAUGUUAACAGUUAUAUUUAUAUAAAAAACAACAACGACACACUUCCAUCACCAAUUUGUAUGCUUUGAUUCAUUUGCUUUUAAGUUAACUUUUCUACUUUGAAACAGUACCCCUCUAGCCCUGUAAAUCUUACGUUUCUAUCAUGAGAACUCAUGUGAAACGCUGCAGCGGCUAUGUACAUAAUAUGGGAAGGUACUGUUUUAGUUCUCAAAAGUGUAACUCCACCUCCUUGUGUGUGUCCCCCCCCCCCCCCCCCAAAUACAAGUGAAUCGGUCAAAUUUCCUCCCUGGGGGCCAGAAAUAUCAUACUUUAGUUAUAAAAUUCAGACAGUUUUGUCAAUUAAACUUCCUUAGCUUUUUUUUUUGUGUUUCACAUUUAUGCUUGUACACCUUUUUGCAACUAGAAAAUGUACUUGUUACAGAUACGUGCAGUGUCCCACCUUUUUAGUCUUUGGGUAAUGUCUAGUGAUACAUCUGUAAAGAUUUGA